GGUUCUGUCAGCGGAAGGAUAUCAGCAUUGGCAAUUCCGAAACCAAAAACAUAAAAAAAAAAAAAAAUGAAAAAGCAAGAAUCGAAUGGAGCAAAUUCUGAUUUCGAAUCCAACUCGAACGGUAAUGUCAAUUUCAAAACCGCAUCGACCGACCAAAGUCUUCUAACGAUUCUUGACGACAUCAAAUCUUCCAGGUCUCCGGCUGUCAUUAACUACGGGGCUUCGUGGUGUGGAGUUUGUAGCCAGAUUUUUCCUGCGUACGAAGAGCUUAGCAACAAUUUUAAAGGGAUGAAGUUUGUUUACGCAGACAUCGACGAAUGCCCUGAAACCACUCGUCACAUCCGUUACACACCAACGUUUCAGUUUUACAGAAACGGAGAAAAAGUUGACGAGAUGUUUGGAACUGGUGAAGAGAGGCUCCGUGAUCGUCUUUGGCUUCACUCCUGAAAAUCAUCAUGUGUUUAUGAAAAAAAUUAAUUAUGAAAUCUGCAACUUUUGUAAACAGUAUUUUAUCAUUUCAUUACGGAGAAUCAUUUUCAGGCAUAAUAGAUUAUCUUGUUACAUAAUCAAAAACUG